GCCAGAUUCAUGAAUCAGUCACCUCAUGACAGACUUUAACCUCACCCCCUCUGACUCUCCAUCAUUCAUCCUGAUGGGCAUCCCUGGCCUGGAAGCGGCCCACGUCUGGAUUUCCAUCCCUUUCUCUACCUUCUACAUUCUGGGCCUGCUGGGUAAUUUCACAGUUCUGUUUGUGGUAGGCAAAGAGCAGACCCUGCACAAGCCAAUGUACCUGCUGAUCUGCAUGCUGGCGCUCACAGACAUGGGUAUGUCUACCUCUGUCGUGCCAAAGGCCCUGUGUAUAUUUUGGUUCAACUGGAAAGGCGUGACUCUAGGUGGCUGCCUCACCCAGACGUUCUUCCUUCAUGCAGUUUCUGUGAUGCACUCAGCCGUCCUCGUGACAAUGGCCUUUGAUCGCUACGUUGCCAUAUGUGACCCUCUGAGAUAUGCCACCAUCCUCACCAACACACGAAUAGCAAAGCUAGGGCUGGUGGGUUUGACAAGAGCCAUUCUCUUCCUUCUGCCCAUGCCCCUGCUCCUAAGCAGGCUGCCGUUCUGUGCCAUCCAUACGUACUGUGACCACAUGGCUGUAGCAAAGAUGUCGUGUGGGGACUUCACAAUCAACAGGACGUAUGGCUUGGUGAUAGCUUUUCUAGUCAUUGGGUUAGACCUGACACUCAUUGGCCUGUCAUACGUUCUGAUCAUCCGGGCCGUCCUCAGAAUCCCCUCCAGGAAAGCCCACCAGAAAGCCCUCAACACCUGCACAACCCACGUCUGUGUGAUGCUGACGUCUUACACUCCUUUCCUCUUCUCCAACCUAGCACACCGGUUCGGUCAGGGCAUCGCUCCCCAUGUUCACAUCACCUUGGCCAACCUCUAUUUCCUUUUUCCCCCCAUGUUCAAUCCCAUCAUUUAUGGGGUCAAAACCAAAGAGCUUUCUGACCAAGUGGGAAAAUACAUCUGUAGAAGAUGA